GUUGAUGAUGAUCCAACUCAAUGCUUCGUUUCGCACCAUCAUGUCUCUGCCAUUCACUCCGUAGAUUUUCGACAUUCUCUUACUUACGACAACAAAAAGCCGCGUCCAAGGACGUCUUGAAACAUGGUUCCCGAAUUCUAGGUGUUGUUCAAAGACGCAUAGAUGAACGCGCCAGAAUUCUGUCUAAACUUUCGGAUGAUAUGGCUUCGCCCGAAGAUAUAGAAAGACUGCGCCAGCUCAAGGAAUCUGAGCCACUUCAAGAUGCCUGGGAUCAUUGGACAUCUACUCUCAAGGUCCUCGAGGAUAUGAAGCUUUUGCUCGAUGACCCUGACCCUGCAAUGAAGGCUCUUGCUUUAGAGGAAGCAGCCGAAUUGGACCAAAAGCUGUCGACCAUCUUGAACUACACUUUCCCUUCCCUACUAGUCCCUCCCUCGACGACCGCGAAUCUUUCCGCUUUUGUUGAGCUCAAGUCAGGCGUCGGGGGAACUGAAUCAUCACUUUUCCUCGAAACGUUACUACGAAUGUACACGAGAUUUUCUCAAAGUCAUUCGUGGAAGGCAAAUGUUGUAGUCAGUAACGAGAACGAAGGCGGGGGUAUCAAAGAUGCUAUCAUCGAAAUUAAGGGAUCCAACUCAUAUGAUACUCUACGCUGGGAAAGUGGUGUCCAUCGAGUUCAAAGAGUACCCGCCACAGAAUCAGGGGGAAGGGUACAUACUAGUACGGUGGCCGUCAUCGUACUACCUCUAAUAGAGGAACAGGACGCGCAGAAAGAAGCCCUUUAUUCUAUGGAUGACAUCAAAUUAGAGGUCAUGCGUGCUCGGGGUGCUGGAGGACAGCAUGUCAAUAAAACGGAAUCUGCAGUUCGCUUAACGCAUAUUCCUACUGGAAUCACGGUAUCAAUGCAAGAUGAGCGGAGCCAGCAUCAAAACAAACGACGAGCCUUCCAAGUCCUGUCAGCUCGACUCAUGGACCGAAAAAUCACUCGCGAAAUUGCUGAACGCCGAGCGAGGAAGAAUAGUCUCAUCAAAAGUGCCGACCGUAGUGAGAAGAUUCGUACAUAUAACUAUGCACAGGAACGAGUCACAGACCACCGAAUCGGCCUGAGCAUCAUGAAUUUAUCUUCUGUCAUUGAGGGCAAUGCUUUACAAGACUUUACGGAUGCGCUCAAGCAGGAUUUCGAAGAGACCACAAUGGAGGAUAUGCUAGAAAGCGAGUCUGAGUGAUUUGUUCGUAAAAUGUGCCAUAAGAUUUCGUCACAAUUUACCACCCUCAAUAUAAUUCCUGCUCCAGCACAUAGAUACUCCGGCUAUGUACUAGCAAUCCUCUCCUGCAUAUUCUGUACAUGUCUAACCAUUCAACGGG